CAUUCGCACUUUCCAGUUUUUAUAACUGUAAUCAGGUACCUCUUAAAAUCAUGCUUUUUAGAUCACUACAACAAUCGGUACUCUUAAGAGCAUUUGAGCCAUCUGUGAGAAAACAACUCCGUGUCUUGCCCGUACGCAGUUUUCUUAUCGGUCUUUCGAGACAUAAUAGUACUGUGGGCACUCCAGCAGUGAAUGAUUUACAUUCAGCAAAUAAUGUCAAAGAUAAUAAAACGAGUCGACCUAUUUAUCUUGAUAUGCAAGCAACAAGCCCAUUGGACCCUCGGGUGUUGGAUAAAAUGCUGCCAUACAUGACCGAAAUAUAUGGAAAUCCACACUCAAGAACCCAUACCUAUGGCUGGGAGUCAGAAAAGGCAGUUGAUGCCGCUAGAGAGCAAGUAGCUCAUCUAAUUGGAGCUGACCCAAAAGAAAUCGUUUUCACUUCGGGUGCAACUGAAUCAAAUAACAUCAGUUUAAAAGGAGUAGCAAGAUUCUAUAAGAAUAAGAAAAGACACAUAAUCACCACUCAAACGGAGCAUAAAUGUGUUUUAGACUCAUGCCGUGUCAUCCAAGAGGAAGGUUUUGAUGUUACAUAUCUUCCUGUGCAAUCUAAUGGGCUUGUUGACUUAGAAUUACUAGAGAAAAGUAUUCGUCCAGACACAGCCAUUGUAUCAAUUAUGACUGUUAACAAUGAGAUUGGUGUUAUUCAGCCAGUUGCAGAAAUCGGUAAGAUUUGUCGAGCCAAGAAAGUCUUUUUCCACACAGAUGCUGCACAAGCUGUCGGCAAGAUUCCGUUAAACGUAAAUGACAUGAACAUUGAUUUGAUGAGUAUAUCCGGUCAUAAAAUCUACGGUCCAAAAGGCAUCGGUGCUUUAUACGUUCGUCGCCGCCCUCGCGUGCGCCUUGAAGCUAUCCAAAGCGGUGGCGGUCAAGAAAGGGGCUUAAGAAGUGGUACAUUGCCUACUAAUCUUUGCGUUGGUCUAGGCGAAGCUUGUCAUAUAGCUUCCAAAGAAAUGGAAUAUGACCAUCGAAGAAUUUCUUAUUUAGCGAAAAAACUGAUAGAUGGUAUUCAGUCGCAAGUAGAACAUGUCAAUAGAAACGGUGCUCCUGACAGUUGUUAUCCAGGCUGCGUCAACCUUUCAUUUUCAUAUAUUGAAGGUGAAAGUUUAUUGAUGGCACUGAAAGAUAUUGCAUUAUCUUCAGGUUCAGCUUGUACGUCUGCCUCGCUAGAACCUUCUUAUGUUCUCCGUGCUUUGGGAUCGGAUGAUGAGCAAGCUCACAGCUCCAUUCGAUUUGGUAUUGGUAGAUUUACUACAGAGGCUGAGGUUGAUUUCGUGAUUCAAAAGGUCGUGGAACAUGUACAACGAUUAAGAGAUAUGUCUCCUCUAUGGGAAAUGGUUCAAGAAGGCAUCGAUUUGAAAUCUAUACAAUGGACACAACAUUAAUCACCAUUGACCGCCUCUCUAUAUUUAUUGUUAUUUAUUAAUUAAAUAAAACUCGUGUAAUGAAAUCCUUGUAUGUUGGGUGGUGUCGUGUAUGAAG